AGCCAGCAGUGGAGCUGCCGCCCACACAGCCGAGCUGCAGUGGCACCGAGCUCACGGCAGGCAGAGCCGGCACCGGCGUCGGCCAUUAAGCCCGGACCCACGCCAGGGCCGUGCGGCCCCCUCGCCCCCCGCCCCGGCGCCCACAACCCCCUCCCCACACACGACGGUCUGACUCUGCGGCUCCCGGGAGCACUAGAGGAGGCGCAGGCAGGCGCAGAGCAGAGAUGGGCGCAGCGGGCAGGAAGCCCCCCAGCCGCCGGAGACUCCGGGCUCGCGUGGACCGGCCACUGCCAGGUCGCCCGCUGUCCUGAGCAGCCCAGAUGCUGUGGAAUGGAGACGCCGACGCUCACCUGCCCACCCUCCCCUGCCAGGGACCAGCCAGCUCUGGCACCCAGCCCGGCGGGGGCGCCAGGGGGCCAGGCCUCGCCCGGCCUGACCCUGGGCCCGGUCAUCCUGCCGCCGCCCGAGCCGGGCCUGGCCCCCACGCUGCUCCUGAAGGCGCUGCCCGUGCCGCUGUACCACAUGGUGCCUCCCGGGGGUCUGCAGCCCCGCGCCCCGCUCCUGCCCAGCAGCCUGGAGGGGGGCGGUGCCCCCCUCCUCCUCAGCCCCCUGCUGCAGCCCGAGGGGCCCGGCCCGGCCCAGGGCAAGCGAGGGGCGCCCACCCUCACCGUGAACCUGGUGGGCGCCCUGCCGGUGCUGUCCCCGGGCCCCGGGCCCCCGCUGGGCAGCCCGGGCAGGGCACGGGGUGCCGGGCGGCACCUGUGCCCGCACUGCGGCCGGGACUGCGGGAAGCCCAGCGUGCUGGAGAAGCACAUCCGCUCGCACACGGGCGAGAGGCCCUUCCCCUGCGCCAGCUGCGGCAUCGCCUUCAAGACGCAGAGCAACCUGUACAAGCACCGACGCACGCAGACGCACCUGAGCCACAGCCGCCUGGGCCCCCAGGGCCAGGACCCCAAGCCGGGGGACGAGGAGGACCUCUCCCCGGCCAGACAGAAGUCCCCGGCGGCCGGCAGGCCGGGGCCCCCGCCCCAGCCCUGGGAGAAGGCAGCGGACGCGCGGGCCCCCGAGGGCCGGCUCCGCAAGUGCGAGAGCACCGACUCGGGCUACCUGUCCCGCUCGGACAGCGCCGAGCAGCCCCCCGCUCCCGGCAGCCCGGGGGCCAGCGCCGAGCCCGACGGCGAGGGCGCACGGGGCACGGGCCCCGCGCUGGAGAAGCGGCAGCUGGAGGAGCGCAUCGCGCGGCUCAUCUCGCACAACCAGGCGGUGGUGGCCGACCCGCAGCUGGAGCACGUGCGGCCGCGCCGCUCCCUGCUGGGCGCGCGGGGCAGCCUGGACCUGGCGCCCGGCGCCCUCCGCGGCGCCUUCCCCGCGGGCCCGCGCGCGCCGCGCCGCCGCCUGGCCCCCGCGCGCUCCGCCCUUGGCCCGCCCGCGCGCCCGCGCCCGCUCUUCUUCCACUCGGUGCCCACGCAGCUGUCCACGGGCGCCGAGUGCGGCCCCGUCACCAGGAGCAACUCGCUGCCCGCCGUGGAGGGCGUCCGGACCUGGCCCGAGCCGCAGGGGCCCCGCACGGCCGCCCCCCGAGGGGACGCGCUCCUGAGCCCCCGGCCGGGCCCCGCCGCGGGGCUGGGGGGCCGCCUGGCGCUGACGGUGGUGGCCGUCCCCAGUGGUCACCCCCGGGCCCUGGUCCGGCAGGCCGCCGUGGAAGACCUGCCAGGACCCCCGGCCGGGGACGGCCCCGGCCCCGCCGAGGAACCGGAGGGCCCGCGCGCCGAGGGUGGGGGGCCGGCAGCCGGCAGGGCCAGGGCCACCAAGAGGGCCUCGGCCAGGCGGUCACAGAUGUUCUCGCAGGAGAAGUGGCAGGUGUACGGCCGAGACUCCUUCCAGAAACUCUACCAGAAAACGAGCAGCGGCCGCCCGGGGGGUACAAGGGGGACUCCCAGCCAGGGGGGCGUCUCUGUCCUUGUGCAGUCGGGGCCCCAGGGCCCCUCUCCAGCCCCGGGCACCGUCUUGGAGGCUGAGUCCCCCACGCGGAGGGACACAGGGGCUAAAGCGGGGGACCGUGACGAGAGUUUGGGGCGCCAGGCCAGGUCGCUCCCCACCCUCAGCUGCCAAGAAGGCCCCGGGGUGGGUCAGAGGGUCCCCCUGCUGGCAGGGGCCGAGCCCAGGAGUGCGGGGAGCCCCGGGCAGUGUGGUGGGCACUCGGGGGUUCCCCGGGCAGUGGAGGGGAGCCCCUUAGAGACCAAGAGGGUGAGAGUGGAGGGGCAGAGUGGCCAGGGGUGCCUGGAGGUGGGGGCGUCGGCUGGGGGCUCCCCCCGCAGACAGGACACGCCCCCCUCCAGGAAUAAGGAGCCCCCACUGUGCCCGGAAGCCGCCCCCCCAGGGGCUCCCAGUAUCCUCACGGCCCCCUCGGAGCCCCCCUUCCCCCCCAAAUACCUUCUCAGGCUACCUCAGGGAGAGGCCCCGGGUGGGGCUCAGCCGGCCUCCGGGGUCUCCGGGCCGGGCACAGACGGCUUCAAGGAGACCCCCGGCGGGUCCAGAUCAGGGGACAGGAGUAAGGGGGAGCUGCAGGGAGCCGGGAGGGGGCGAGGGGGCACCCCUCCCACACCCGUGGCUGGGGACUGUCCCAGGGAAGGCGCCCCUUUCCCGCCCACGCCCACCUGGGACCCCCGAGGGACAAAGGAUGCUGAGGGCGGGGCCUGCGGGGCGGGGGGAGGCCGGGACUGUGCUGGGGGGAGGCCCAGGGCCCCCAGCAGGGAGCGAGGGGCGUCUCUGGAGGACCCUUCGCAGGCCUCGGAGGGGCCCCACGUCGGCUCUCACGUCUCCGCCCCCAGCUCAGGGGCCGCGGGGGGCCGCGGGGCUCCCUUCCCCUCCCUGCGGGCCGAGCCCCAGCUGACCUGGUGCUGCCUGCACCGGAGCCUGCCCCUGGCGCUGGAGCAGGGGGACACGGGCGCCUCCGCCUACCUGGCACCGCCCCCGGCCCUGGCCACGCGGGGAGGCAGCAGCCCCGGCCCCCGAGGACAGACCCAGCCGCCCGCGUGCCAGCUCCCCUGCCCCCCAGCUCUGGGAGGGACGGCCCGGCCCUGGGCACCUGAGCUGGCCCAGAAGGACAGUCGGCCCCAUGGGAGCGCCAAGAGGGCUCGUGGGAACAGCCAGCAACACAGAGCAAGCGGCACUGCCAAAAGGUACAAGGGGACCCUCUGGCUGAGUUGCGCCCAGCUGCGAACCGGCCGCCUGCGCAGAGCACACCUGGCACGGAGACGCGAGCGCCGGGACCCCGGGCUCCCCGGGCCGGGCCCCCGCCGGACCCCUGCGCCCGCCGCCUGCAGAAGGGCAGGUCGGCCCGUGCGAGGGGAGCCCCCGGCCCCAGCCCCCGCGGGGCCCCCUGCUGGCGGGAAGGGGGAGAAGUCGGACCCCGGCCACCCAGUAACCUCAGGACGCUUCGUGCCCAGGCCCAGCUCGAGGAUGGCCAAGGGCACCCUGAAGGGCACUCGGCCCCCCGCCAGUGGCCUUGGCGACUGUCCCCGCCAGGAGGCUCCCGGCAGGCCAGGAUCUUCCCCACCGCCCCACCCCUGCAUGGACACCGGCAGCCUCCUCCUGCGCGGCGAGCGUCUGGGUCCGGGGCCGACCCUACCCCAGCUGCCCUGUUCGGAGCGAGUCCCCCUGGCGGCCCCGCCCUGCGCAUCUGCAGCGACACCAGAGUCUUGUUCCCCAGAGCCCUGCGCCCCCCUCGCAGGGCCCCCCCCGGCCAGAGGCAGGUCCCCGGGACGGGGGAGCCACCACAGAGGCCGGCGCUCCCUCCCCGGGGCCACAGAGGGGGCCCCUCCCAGCCCUGGGGGCUGCGUCGGGACAGACUACCUGGGACACACCGGCCCCAGCUCACUCACCCCUGCAGGGUGGCAGACACGAGCCCCGGCUCUCCCCCUCGGGGCCGUCUCGGCGCGGGGUGGCUGGGGCCCCCUGCCCCGCCUCGGGAGAGGCCCCUGGAGCAGCCCAGCCGCCCAGGCCGGUGGCCCCCGGACUGCCCACAGACGCCCCGGAAGCCCUUCCCAGAGCCCCCAAGAGGCGGAGUCUGGAAGGGAUGAGGAAGCAGAGGCGCGUGGAGCCGAGCGACUCCAGCAGUGAGGACGAGGACCGGCUGGUCAUCGAGCUGUGAGUGCCCGGCCGCCACCCCGGGAAGGCCACUCCCGGCCCCGCGCUCAGACCUGGCCCGCUGGCCCGCAGAGAGAGACACGGACCCCACGCCAGCCACCCACUGCCUCGUGACCAGGGCCGUGCGCCCGCCGAGGGCUUGCCUGGCGCCAGGGGGCCGCCCGCACGGGGCGCGGGUGCCCACGCGUGCCGAGGACGGCCACCCAGGCCCCACACACAGUCGAAGCCUCCGUCCGAUCCGAGGGCGCCCACGUGCCCUUGUGCCUUUCCCGCCGGGACCCCCGACGCCCUCCCUGGAGCUCUCCGGGACGCACAUGAACCGUCUCUGCAGUGAGUCAUCUCUGCGAGGGGAACCUUCUCUCAUUUCCCCCGACUCUUUCUGUCAUUCCGCGCUCUGAGUAACUCCAAUUAGAGGGUUACAUUUUAGUAAUCUAUGCAGCUUCAAUUGAUGCCUGCUCGGCGUGACAGGGGCCUUUCAGAUUCCUUCCAGAAGCUUCACGGAUACAAAACUAAUUGGAGUUUUGACGCUGUUUUACAUCUCAGUAAUUUUAUUUUGGGGGCUUGGUGUUACUGCGCUGUCAGAUUAAAUCAGCCUCUGUAUCGUGCGAGUCAGAGCGCGCGGGGGAUCUCACCCAGGAUUCCAAGCCGGCGCGGCCCGCCCAGACGCAGCCUUGCUGACGUGCGUCGGCCGGAGGGUCGGCGGGCUGCUCCCCGCCCGAGACCCGGGAGGGAAGGACACGGGCGGGUCCCCGGCUGCGUCGCCGUCGUGGUGGAGACGGUCGGGAAAUGGUUUUGUACGGUUUGGAGUUUCUGGCCGAGCCCUCUGGGCUGUGCUCGGGGAGGGGUGCGGGUGGGGCAGAGCCGGGCCCACGUCAAGCCUCUCCCCUCUGAGAGCCCCCACGUGACGGUGCGUCCAGGGGCCAUAGCUGGCGUCACUGUGGUUCCUCCCCGGCGGGGUGGGGAGGGGCAGCGGGCAGGGAGGGGCCGGGCUCCCCCCCCCCAGUCCUUGGGAUAGUGAACAAGAGUGCGGUGACAGGCAGGUGGCAGGGCAGGGCGUGUCACUGCCACGGGAAGAGCUCUCGGGUGAGGCGCGGCUCGGCCAGCCCGGCCCGCCCUGGCGGAGGGAAACACUUUACCUGACGGUCCCGAGUGUGUCUGCACGUCCCGCUGUCCCCGCCUGGGGCCUCAGCGGCAGGGGUGACCUCUGUGGCUAUCGAAACGCCUGCCAGGAAGCACCUCAGUGCGACCUCAGGACCCUGAGUUUCAGCCGUGGGGGUCUGGCCCCCCGGGGACGACUAGCAUGGCCAGAAGAUGCCCGGCCGGGGCCCUGCGGUCACGGCAGGGGGAAGAGGUGCCCUCUGGGUCCUCCUGUCCCCGGAGCUGCUGAUGGGCCUGAAGGACCAAAGCUCCAGCUGCCCCUGAGCGUGGCCCCGGCCGCCCCCGCGAGGAGCCCCGUGACGCCCCCCUCCUGUGUGGUCUCACCUCUCUUGUCUCUCUGGGCUCCCGGCCGCUCACAGGCCCUGGGCUGGCGGGGGUGCUCUUCGCAAGUGCUCCUUACCCGGUGGGGGCGGCGAGAAUCUGAACGAGCUGCCUGCCGGUGCGUAAAGUGGGUUUUUUUUUUUUUAAUGUCUUUUGGCCAAGCUAGCGUUGUCUGUUGAAAAUCACGCUAAGGUAAAACACACACACACACACACACACACACACACACACACACACACACACACACACACACCCCAAACCUUUUUUUCAAUGAAGAGUCCCUUUAUAAAGUGAUAACCUUGGGUUUGACGGUUUCCUCUGCCUGUGGAUUUCCUUCGUGGAAUGCAACUCUCGGGGCGUGUCUUAGGGGUGACCCCGGUCACCUAGAGACCCGUCUGGGCUUUUGGAAAUCACACGCCGGCGUUUUCUGGGUCAUCGCUGCGGUUCCGUGUUUCCCAGAGAACAAACCUGCCUCGGAGCCGGGCGAGGCCGUGGGGACGGGGCAGCCCCAGUGCCCUUAACCUUACUGUUCUUCAGGUCCAGUUCUUAACCAAUGAACCAGCCAAACCUCAGCUUUCCCCACAGAGGUCAGCUCCAGGGGCUGAGAGGAAGACACCGGGGCACUGUGCGAGGUCGGCGGGGGAGGCGGGGGUGCCCAUGGCAGCCAGGGCUUGGCGCCUGCUUUCUCUCCAGGGUGCCGCCCGCCCCUGCCCUGUCUCUCCUGUGAAGGUUGUGUGUGGAGAAAGGGGUUUGCCCCGUGCUUGGCUCCCUGUUAGAUGACUCGUCUGGUCACUCGGCGGGCGACGGGCCUCCUGGGGCCUCUCAUCAUGGCUAGUCUAUCCCGCUUCUUGGGAGUAAACUUAGGUUCUGGAUGAAGCGAAGGUCCCUCGAGCCAGGGGACCCUCGGGCUCCUUUGCCAAGACAUAAAAGAGGGGGAGGGGCCUCUGAUUUCUUGCCACCCUUGCCAGCAGCCAGGUGGGCACCCGAGGGUGAGUGGCAGGGCCCCGUCCACAGGCCCCCCCCAAGGCUCGGCCCAGAGCGCCUGUAGCCACGCUCGUUGGCAUAAAGAGAAAGGGCCCGAGCCUCAUGCCGGGAAGUGCUUCCUUGCAUCACAUCUGUUACUGACGCUGAUGGCGUUAUUCAUUUUCUCCCCAGCACAGAAAUUUGCAUUUUGUACAAAAUCUGCCCAGUGCUGCAGAUUUUGAGAGUUACAGGCCCUUCAUUGUCAUGGGCUCGGCCCCCCGUGGCGCCGGGCAUGACGGAGUGUGGGUUGCCGAGCUCCCGGCACUGCGGCAAACCGGGCUCCGUCUCCCUCGCUCCCAGCGACCCGCAGUUCUUUCAAAGGAGACUCUUGCUCAAACACUACAUUUCCCAACACUGAAGCACAAUUUCUCGUCCUGACCCUCUGGGCCUCCCUCAGAGAGAUUCAGGACCAGAACAUCUUGCCCCAGUGUGCUCAGCUUCUUUUGCGACCCACACUUGACACUGAGGUGAAAUGAGGGAUAAUCCAGAGCAUGGGAAUAUCUGAGCCUGUUUCGAACCUUCCGGGAGGAAGGAGCCCGGGGAAGCCGCCGGCCUCGCUCCGGAGCCCUGGGGGUGACUUCGUGCCUCCUCCAUUCAGCAGCUCCUCGGAGCCUCCUGCCCGUGGACGGUGCGUAACCAGGGACGGGCGCAGCUCGUGGGGGUUGGCUGAGACGGAUUUCCUUCCUUAUGCUCUUAAAUUAUUUUCUUUCGAUAAAAAUAAAGUGGAAACGAGAACUUCUUGUGUGAUUUGUCAACGUACCGCCCAGAAGCAUCCUGUGUCGACAGCCUCCCGGUGUUGGCUCUCCUGCUCCCGCAGCUGGUCAGCCGUUUGUCUGCCAUAUUGGCUCUCUCAGUGCUCAACAGAAGGGCCAGGUACCCGCGAGCGGCUCGUGCUCCCGUGCCGUUCCCUCUCCCCGUUUGUCAUUGUCUGCCAUAUUUUUUAAUGCAGAGCUUGGAAAUGGGUUUUUAAAUCCCGAAAUGUAGCUAAACAUUGGGACCACAUGAGGGCGCUAUCCACAGUGCAAUAAUCCAAGACUUUCCCCUCAGGACUGAAGUUUCUGGCCUACUUGAUGGUCCUAAGAGAGGAGACAUCAUUCCUUUAAAACAAUAUACCCACGUGAAGAAAACUCUGGUGAGUCUGCGAGAGUCGGUGGGCCUCAGAGAAGCCAACGCGAUGAUGCUCUUCCUUAUCUUUGUCCCUUGACGCCAUGGGAGCCAGUGGAGAUACGAUGUACUGAUCGGAAAACGGGAGUGGAAAUACGAAGAGAUCAGACGAUACCGCUUAAUGGAAGUUAGUACUUUUGCGAACUCGUGAAACUCUAAUAGUAAUAAAAUAAUCGAGUCUUUGCAAAUUUCAGUCACCUGAGAACCAUCCAAAUGCUUGCGGUCGUGUGCGGGUUUGCACACUAGGCAAUGAUCUUACUGGAACCAGCUAUCUUGUUGAUCUGCUUACGAGCAAGAGUGGCCCGCGCUGCCUCUGGCUGGGCUCAGGGCUUAUUUGUGGCUCUGUGCCCAGGGGUAACUGGCAGUGGCGCUCCGAGGACCAUAUGCCGUGCUGGGGAGCCACCCUGGGGCCAUGUGCAAGGUAAGGGCCAUACCUACCCCCAAGUCACCCGUUUCAAAGAAGUGGUUAUUUCCCUGAAUAAUAUUUGCGAAAUCUCAGCCUUAAUUUGGUAGUGCUGUGUAUUUUGUGACAUGCAUUAGAAUAAAAUAAAAUGAUUAAAAUUGCUUAUCCACC